ACGAGCUAUUUCUGGCACCCUUUCCUUGACCUCUCCACCUUUGCCUUCCUUUUAGGCUAUGCUUUAUCAUCAUUUGCAGCGGUACUCACCGCAGCAGACACUUCUACUCUGCUCCACUUUACCAACUCUAUCAGGUCAAAACUGCAAGCGAUAUACCGACCGCACUGGUGCGUUAUGGACCUGCUGCUCAACGACAGAGCGUGGAAUCUCACUAGAAGAAUUCUACUCGAAAUCGCUCCGCGAGUCUGACCCCAACAAGCGCCGUCGACUCUUUGCGGACGCUCGUCAGUCGAAUUUGUGCUCAUACCCGCUCUACAUACUCGCUGCAGAGAUUGAGGAGGUCUUUGGCGCAGACCCAGUCAGGCUCAAAGCUAUGCUCACCAAAGGCGUGAUCGUCUUCAGAAACCCUGCAGGUCAAGGUGCGCACUGUGUUAAGGUCACCAAGGACGCCUGGCUCCAUGAAGCCAUUACUGCAGACAGACGUGGACACAGCAAGACUGCUGCUGCUCUUCGGGAGGUCGUUGCAGAAAACUUGCAAUGAGGUCCCUUCUAGGGCUGUCAAAGUGAGAGUGCACGCACUAUUGUCCGAUUACUGGAUCUCCAAGGAAACGAGAACGACAGGAUUAUCGGUUAACUGCUGUUUUCCACUGCCGCUCUCCACUGUAACACAUGCUCCAAACUGGCUUUUUUUCGCACGGCAUUCCAGCAUGAUGACGCUGGGGUUCCUGCUCCUUGGACUGCCGAUAGUAAUGAUGUCUGGUCUAUCCACACAUGGCCAACCAAUCCCAAAAGAAUAAAUGAACAAGACCAACAAUUCUCAUCCGCAUGCUUCUACAUGCCGCGUGCAC